AUGUGUAAAGUCUUCCCAUCCAGCUUGGGAGAAACUGGACUUCGAUGGUUCGAUCGUCUCCCCGCUGGAUCGAUCUAUGGCUGGAAGCAGCUCUCUGAAGAGUUCCUAGCCAGGUUCGUCUCCAACACUAAGAUCCCGAAGGAGCCGGAUACACUGUUCGGUCUCCGAAAGAAGCAGGAGGAAACGCUGCGCAAUUAUGCCAGAAGGUACUGGGAAGAGUACAAUGACCUUGAGGAAAAUGUGUGCAGGGAACAAAUGGUCGUUAUGUCCUUCAAACAGGGUCUGCGCCCGGAAAAUGAUCAGAUCCCUAUCGAGGUAGUGUCAGCAGAACAAACAGCUCGGCACAAGAAGAGAACAGAUCGAGGAGAACACCGAGGGAUUGCAGUGAAUGAAGUGGAUAAGUCCAAAUUCCAUGAAGUCGUUGUGACUGUAUUCAAAGAGCCAAUCUAUCGAAUCCUGGAAAAGAUCAAGAGAGAGCCCUUCUUUGUUUGGCCGUCGAAAAUGUUGGGAGAUCCAGCUCGGCGCAAUCAGAAGCUCAGAUGCACCUACCACCAAAACAGGGGGCACAUGACUCAGAACUGCAGGGCAUUGAAGCAACACUUGGAAGACCUAGUGGCAACCGGGCACCUAAGGGAUUACAUUGAUCAGGAUAAGGAAGUGGCCGAACUGGGAAAACCGCUACCAAAACCGAAUGUUGAGCACCCACCUCGGUUGAUAAUAAAUGUGAUCCACAGGACAGCGACUCAGGAAUCUGAUGAGGCACUGAAAGAAGAGAUCGCUAAGGCUGCGCAAAUUCAGAGGGUCAUUUCAGUGGAGCCUGUAUCGAAAAAGGUACGUACAGUACCCAAAUCCCCCUUGUGCACUGUUUCAUUUACUGGGAAAGAUUUAGAAGGCAUACAGCACCCACAUACUGAUGCACUGAUUAUAACUGUGGGAAUUGGGAAACGAUUUGACGUAAAACAAGUCCUAGUAGAUCAAGGCAGUGCAGCAGACAUAUUGUAUUAUGAUUUGUUCAGAAAGCUUGGUCUCUCCGAGUAG